UUUUAAAAGAUAUACUGAGAAGGUACCCUGAAGGUGGACAGAUUCUAAAAGAGCUGAUUCAAAAUGCAGAGGAUGCUGGGGCCACAGAGGUCAAGUUCUUGUACGAUGAAACUGAGUAUGGAGUGGAGUCUCUCUGGUCACCAGACAUGGCUCAACAUCAAGGAACAGCUUUGUACGUCUACAACGAUGCUGUGUUCACUGUGGAGGACUGGAAUGGGAUUCAGGAGAUUGCAAGGAGCAGAAAGAGAGAUGAUCCGCUGAAAGUUGGACGGUUUGGUAUUGGCUUUAACUCCGUAUAUCAUAUUACAGAUGUCCCAAGCAUAUUCAGCGGAGACCAGAUUGCCAUGCUGGACCCUCAUCAAACCCUGUUUGGGUUGAAUGAGUCUGGACAGUGUUGGAACUUAAAGACAGACAUCAAGGAGAUCACAGAACUCGCUGACCAGUUUGCUCCCUACAUUGGUAUGUUUGGGAGUUCUGAGAAAACCAUUAAAGAUGGCAGCUUUCCAGGAACUCUGUUCCGCUUCCCACUCCGCAUGAAACCUACCCAGCUCAGUGGCAACAUUUACAACAAAGAGAAGGUUCUGGAGCUCUUUGAGUCUUUCAAAGCGGAUGCAGACACAGUGCUUCUCUUCCUGAAAAGCGUUCAGAAGAUCUCCUUACAUGUGCGAGAGUCUGAUGGCACAGAGCGCAUGUUGUUUCAGGUUACAGCAGCAGAGAAUGCAGAUGAUAAACUAGAAAGACCCAACGCACUCAAGACACUGGGUCAGGCUGUGGAUAGUUACAGCAAUGGGGUCCCCAGUUCUUCUAUAACAUGUGUCACUUACCAGGUCAACAUAGAGACUCAGGAUGAAACAGUGAAAGAGACUCAGAGGAUGACGUGGCUGGUGUGUAAUGGAGUCGGGGGGAGAGGGAUGUGUGCUGAGUUGGACUCUCUGGCAGAUGAUUUGAAGUUCAUGCCUACUAUUGGUAUUGCCCUGCCUCUUUCUUUGAUCAACAAAGAGGACAAAGGUGCCUCAUCUGGUUUCUCAGGACGAGCUUUUUGUUUCCUUCCUCUUCCACCUGGCGAGGAGAGUGAGACAGGGCUCCCGGUUCAUGUCAGCGGAUUCUUCGGCCUCACAGACAACCGUAGGAGCAUCAAGUGGCGGGAAGUGGACCAGUGGAGAGAUCCAGCUGCCUUGUGGAAUGAGCUGCUUAUAAUCACUGUCAUCCCGAGGGCUUACUUCACUCUCAUAACUGAGGCUAUAAAAAGGGUGCAAACUAAAAGAGACCAAGACUUUCCUUUGUCCCCUACAGGGACGUAUAGGGCCUGGCCAGACCCUAAGCAGGUGAAGUCUCGCUGGACUCCCAUUCUCCAGCCGCUUUUUAAUGAACUUCUGCAACAGAAAGUUAUCUAUUCCCUCAGUGAAAGCUGGAUUGGGGUGGACCAGGCAGUGUUCUCAGAGCUGGACACAGAUGAGGACAUUUCAGAGACUGUGAUCAACUACCUCCAAAGCUCAGGAUUGCAGGUGGCAAAGGUGCCUGCUGCAGUUGACUUUGUCUUGGCUGCCUACAUGACUGAGUCCACUGAAGUGAGGAAGGUAAAUCCAUCUUUGUUGCGACAGACGAUCAGGAAGAACAAACACAAAGGCCCCUCGCAGGAGAAGCUGCUGUUGCUGGAGUUUGUCCUAAGUGAUACCAAUUACAGUGACCUUAUAGGACUUGAGCUCCUGCCACUGCAAGAUGAGACUUUUAAAACUUUUUCAUCCUCAGUCACGGAAAAGGAUGCCAUUUACAUCGCAUCUGAGGUGUUUCCCAGGUCUCUGUAUCCUGGAAUUGAGCAUCGGUUCGUUCUGGAGAGUAUAAAGCCGUCAGUGAUGGACAGUUUGAAGAAAGCGGCCAAAAGCAGAGGAAGGCCCUGCACUCAGCUACAGUUGCUGAACCCUGAACGAUCAUCACGACUCAUCAAGGAGAUCCUAGCUACAGCCUGGCCAACAAGGGACUUCAUUGUUGAGUGGGAACCAGGAAACAGAGAGCUAAAGCAUCCUACAGUUUCCUGGUUAAAGAUGAUUUGGAAGCAUCUCUAUAUUAAUUUUGCUGAUGACCUGAGUACCUUUGAAGACAUGCCUUUGAUCCCAUUUGUGCCACUUGAGGAAAGCAUGAGCACAGUUAAGCUUCUACGUCUCAAAACCCCCUCACCCAUAAUUCUUGUGGCUGAUGAAGAAGCACCGAUUUCCGAAAGCCUUCUUGAAAUCAUGGAAAAACUUGGAGGAGUUGUUAUAAAAAAGCUGGAUUUGUGUUUGCAGCACCCUUUGCUCAAGAAUUAUGUUCACCCAUGUUCUCCCAGUAUGCUUCUACAAAUCAUGGAUAGACUGUCAGUGCAGCGAUUAUCAAGCCAAGUCUCGUCUUUCUCUGUCAAAGAGAAAGUUGCACUCAGAAACUAUCUAGCAGGAUUGUCUGACAUCACAGAGAAGGAAAAGCAUACUCUGCUUGACGUCUCCAUCUUUGAGAAAGUGGGGGCCUGUUCUGAGGGUACUUCAGCAUUUACAUCACUGAGAGGAGCCCGAGCUCUACAUCAUAGAGCCAAAUAUCCACCAGAUGUGAAACUAUCACAAAAUCUAGUGGCUUGCCAUGAUGAGGAAUCAAUUCGUCUCAUCAAGAUGCUAAAUGUUGAACAAGUGAAAACAACAGAAUAUUUGAAGAUGAUCAUUCAGGAUAUUGAGAAGGGGUUCUACACAAAAGACGAAACAACCCAAAUUAUGCUUUGGGCUCUUAAGCAUCUGGCAUUUCUAAAGAAUGAAAACUCAUCUGUAAUAGGAUGGCUUUCUGCCCUUAAAUUCAUUCAGUUGCCUUCUGGAAAGUCAGUCAAAGCCUCAGAUCUUUUUGAUCCUGAACUGGAGAUUCUACAGGAUUUAUUCUACAUGGAAGAGAAAACCAGGUUUCCUACAGAUACAUUUACAACAUCCCCUGAUAUUCUUCAUUCACUUAGACAACUGGGGCUAAGAAAUGAAGUGCAGUUCAGUGAAAAAGAUGUACUCACAGUGGCAAAGAAGAUAGAGGAGUUGCAAAGCAGCGAGGAACCUGACUGGAAUUUCAUAAUCAAAAAGGCAAGAACACUCUUGCAAAUACUUAACAAGCAAACCAAGCUGAUAAAAUCAGCUGAUGCUCAGACAUCAUUGCUAAAAGUGAAAUGGGUACCUGUCUGCAAAGAAAGACCUUUAACAUACCCUAAAUCUCUUGCUUGGGUUGGAGAUACUGUCAAUAUCUGCUCUUUGUCUGAGAUGUGUGAAGUAUCCCAUGCAGUCCUUGUGGGAUCCUCAGUAGCACUGGUUGAACACACAUCUGCAGGUAUGAAGAAGGCACUGAAACUAUCUAUUGGGCCACAGGUGGAUCAGGUUUUGCAGCAUUUAAAAGCAGUGAAUGACUGGCAUAAAUCUCAAGCAUUCACCACAGAGGAUUGGUAUCAGUUCCAGCAGAUCUUGUUUGAGAUUUAUGGUUUCAUGCAGGCUCAUCUUGAGGAUGCGAGAGAAGCAAUGAAAUCACUUCCUUUUGACUGGGUGUGGACAGGGAAGACAUUCUCAUCACCAGGCCAAACAGUCCUAAAACCCCUCCCUGAUCUAGACUUGCAGCCUUACCUGUACUCUCUGCCAAAGACAAUAAGAAAGUUUCACAAGCUUUUUAAGUUUUGUGGCUCUGUUGAAGAGGUUGUCCCAAGCCAUGUGUUGGAUGUCAUUGCUACCAUCCAACAAAGAUGUGAAGGGGAGAUAACCAAGGAGGAAAGCAAACAUGACAUUCUGCUUCUGAUCAACAUCCUCAGAUGGCUGUACAACAAUCAGAUACCUGUGGACACUAACAUGCAUGUGCCUAUUCUUUGCUACAAGGACCCAAGCAAAUUAGCAAUGAAACCCAUUCAUGAAUGCACAUACUGUGACAUCAAGGUUGAUGAUUUGAAUGACUUACUUGAAGAUGCCUCAGAGCCAAUUAUAUUGGUUCAUGAUGACAUCCCCAUGAAAACUGCAGAGUGGCUGAAAGUACCAUGUUUGAGUACAAGGUUGAUAAACCCAGAGAAUCUUGGCUUUGAGCAGUCAGGCCAACAAGAACCUCUAACAGUGAGAAUAAAGAAUAUCUUGGAGGAAUAUCCAUCUGUAGCAGACAUUUUUAAAGAGCUCCUUCAGAAUGCAGAUGAUGCAAGUGCUACAGAGUGCAGUUUCCUCAUUGACAUGAGAAAAAACACAGACAUUCGAGAAAAUCUCCUGGACCCUGGCAUGAUAGUUUGCCAUGGGCCCUCUUUGUGGUCUUUCAACAAUGCUGUUUUCUCAGACACAGACUUUCUGAAUAUCACGAGGUUAGGUGGAUCAGUGAAGAGGUGUGAAGCAGACAAAGUUGGCAAGUUUGGCUUGGGUUUCAAUUCUGUCUAUCACAUUACUGAUAUCCCUAUUAUAAUGAGCAGGGAGUUCAUGAUCAUGUUUGAUCCGAACAUCAAUCACAUCAGCAAGCACAUCAGAGACAGGUCAAAUCCAGGGAUCAAAAUCAACUGGAGCAAACAACAGAAGAGGCUGAGAAAAUUUCCCAACCAGUUCAAGCCUUUCAUCAAUGUCUUCAACUGCCAGCUUCCUUUAGCUCAGGAUUCACCAUACAAAUACAACGGUACACUGUUCAGACUCCCAUUCAGAACAGAGCAGGAGGCAUCUGUUAGUGAAAUCAGUAGUCUGUACUACAAUACCACUGACAUCUAUUCUCUGGUUGAUGAGUUCAGCAUAUGUGGCCAUCGGUUCAUUCUCUUCACUCAGCAUGUUGGAAGUAUGGUACUUAAAUACUUGAAAUAUGAGGAACCAAACCCAGCAGGAGCACAAGAUGUUGUCACAAUUAACAAAAGUGUGUGGUCAUCCAAAGCCUCCUAUGGACCUCUGAGCAUCCUCAAAUCUGCAGCAAAGGUUAUGAAGAAAGUAGCAAGCACCAGUAAGAUACCUGCUGAUGUUCCCAAGUCUGGCUGCAUCAUACGCGUUAUGGUGGAGGAGUUUCUCAAUGUAUUCAAGCGCAUUGUUGAUCUCCAUUCUCCGUUGUUCCGGGGUUCAGAAGAAGAUCCCAACCAGUACUUCGAGAUGGCAGCGAAAGGUGUCCAGACAAGAAGACUCACAGAUGAAAUGCCGCAGAAGGCAGUUGACGUCACCAACUGGCUCAUUUGCUCAUGCAUGGAUGCAAGUGAGGCACUCAAGUUUUCCAUCAGUGACAGUGGAAAAAGACAUGGACUCGUGCCUUGUGGAGGGGUGGCUAUUCUGCUCUCUGAGGAGGAAAAUCGCAAAUGGACUGUGAAGACAAAUGCCACACCAAUUGGAGAGGUGUUUUGUUACUUACCUCUCAGAAUCAAAACAGGCCUGCCAGUCCAUAUCAAUGGUUGCUUUGCUGUUACGUCCAACCGCAAAGAGAUCUGGAAGACCGACACCAAAGGACAGUGGAACUCUGUGUUCAUGAGACAUGUCAUUGUCCAGGCCUAUUUAGCAGCACUCACAAUGCUACGUUCAAUGGCUGAAAGUGGAGAACUGCUUGAGUACAGCUAUUAUGCAGCAUGGCCAGAUCCAAGUCAAGUACAUGAUGACUUUACACUGAUCAGCCAGGGUGUUUACCAAGAAAUCUCCAAAGGAGGUGACAGUGAUCAGGCAAAAGUUUUUUCAGAUGGUAACACCUGGGUAUCAAUCAAAUAUGUCAGAUUCCUUGACGAUACCUUACUCUGCAGGCCAGACAUUGGUCCUGCUGCUUUCAAGAUAUUCUUGAAAUACCUCAAGAAAAGUGGCUCACAAAACCUCUGUGCUGUUGAGCUGCCUGACUGGGUGAAGGAGGGAUUUGAGGAUGCUGGAUGUAAAGGAAAAUUAAUGGAAAACACCCUGACAGAGAAGCAGUUCUUUUCAGAAGUCUUUUUCCCCCACAUUGAGGAAAUUGACAAAGAGCUUCGAGAUCCCCUGAUGCAUUAUGUCUUGAAUGAAAAGCUAGAAGAUUUUGCCUCGAUCCUCAGGGUUACUCCUUGUAUCCCAUGCUCUGGCCCCAACAAGGAGCUUGUUUUACCUUCAAGGCUUAUUCAUCCAGAGGGAAGAGUAGCUAAACUCUACAACACAGACGAUGGAAGAUUUCCUGAAGGGACCUCUAAAGACUAUGUAAACCCUGUGUGUCUGGUAAAACUAGUGCUGCUGGGCAUGGUGAAAGAUGAUCUGUCCUGGGAAGACCUGAUUGAGCGUGCUCAGUCUGUUAUUGAUCUAAAUGAAAAUGAUCACACAACUGCAUGUUUUCGCAGCAGCAUACUGUUGAGCCUGAUUGAUGAAAAACUGAAGAUGAGGGAUCCAGGAGUAGCCGAGCAUUUGGAGACACUACAGGACAUCAAGUUUCUGCCGUUUCUGACAAGGCCUGCAGGUUUCUCCUUACCGUGGCAUGGGAACAGCUUUUCCCCAACAACAAUGUUCUCUCCUAGAGAGCUCUUCACAACUGAACAUCAGGACACGGUGUGUCUUAUGAAGCCAAUCCUGAAUGAGAAUUCCCCAUCCUUCAAAGGUUGUGGUGCAAUGUCACUGGCUGUGAAAGACAGUCUUGGAUUAAUAAGGAAGCCCUCAGUUGAACUGGUCAUCAGUCAACUAAAGAAACUCUCUGAGUCAUUUGAUGGAGUCACUCUCUAUCAGGAAAAUAUAACAAAUGCCUGUUACAAGUACCUCCAUGAGGAAAUGCUACAGGAUGAAAAUGCAAAAGUUCAAAUAACUGAGGAACUGAAAGGCUUUAAUUCCAUCUUGGUGGAGAACACAUACGUCAGUCCCUCCAAAGUUGCAUUCCACCUUAACUUUGAUGCUGCACCCCAUCUAUAUCAGCUCCCUAACAAAUACAGAAACAGCUGUCGUGAGCUCUUUGAAAAUGUUGGUGUGCAACCCAGUUUCACAGUUGAGGAUUUCUCUGCAGUCCUUGAAAUUGUGAAGCAAGAUUGUGGACGAAGGGUGCUCACAGAGGAAAACUUCCAGUUGUGUCGCAGAAUCAUCAGUGAAGGAAUAUGGAGCUUAAUACGGGAUAAGAACCAGGAGUACUGCCAAGUGAAUUAUGGUGGGAUACUGUUACCAGAUUCCAAUCUAGCACUGCAACCAUCAAAAUCACUAUGCUACAAUGACUGCCCAUGGAUCAAAGUCAGAGACUCCUCUGUGAAAUACUGUCAUGGGGACAUUCCAAGAGAAGUUGCUGUGAAACUGGGCGCAGUUCCAAAACGUCACAAAGCAUUGGAGAGAUAUGCUUCGAAUGUCUGCUUCACCCCACUUGGCAGUGAGUUUGGACAAAAAGAAAAACUUACCAGCAGAAUUAAAAGCAUUCUCAAUGCUUAUCCAUCAGAGAAGGAAAUGCUGAAAGAGCUGCUUCAAAAUGCAGAUGAUGCCAAAGCCACAGAAAUCUACUUUGUGUUCGAUUCAAGGACACACCCCACUGACAGAAUAUUUGAUGACAAGUGGAUACCGAUGCAAGGCCCUGCCCUCUGUGUAUACAACAAUCAACCCUUCACAGAGGAUGAUAUCCGAGGCAUUCAGAACCUUGGAAGAGGAACAAAGGAGGCCAACCCAGGAAAAACUGGUCAGUAUGGCAUAGGAUUCAAUUCUGUCUAUCACAUAACUGACUGCCCAUCUUUCAUCUCAAACAAUGACAUUCUAUGCAUCUUUGAUCCGCAUGCACAGUAUGCACCUGGAGCUACAUCUGUGAGUCCUGGUAGAAUGUUCAGAGACUUGGACUCUGACUUCAGAUCCCAGUUUUCAGAUGUUCUGAAUCUCUAUUUGGGAGCUCAUUUUAAGCUAGAACGCAGCACAAUGUUCAGAUUUCCAAUUCGCUCCACGGAUAUGGCAAAGACUUCAGAAAUCAGCUCUGUCCCUGCAUCUGACAGAAUGGUGCAAAACCUCCUGGACAAGCUAAAAACAGAUGGUGCAGAGCUUCUCAUGUUUCUCAACCACAUGGAGAAAAUAUCUAUCUGUCAAAUUGAUAGUGCAUCUGGUGAACUUAAAGUGCUCUAUUCUGUGACAGCCAAAAUAACAGAUGGUGAUCGGCUAAAACGCAAACAGUUCCAUGCCUCUGUCAUCGACAGCGUGACCAAAAAGAAGCAGCUCACUGCUAUUCCAGUUCAGCAGAUAACCUACACAAUGGACAUAGAAGACACUGAGGGAAAUUUGACCACAUGGAUGAUCUGUAACAGAUCCGGCUUCUCUAACAUGGAAAAUGUCUCAAAAAGUGUGAUUUCUGCUCACAAAAAUGAAGACAUAACUCUAUUUCCACGUGGAGGUGUGGCUGCAUGUGUAACUCACAACUACAAAAAACCACACAGAGCCUUCUGCUUCCUACCCCUGUCACUCGAGACUGGCUUGCCUUUUCAUGUCAAUGGGCAUUUUGCCCUGGACUCAGCUAGGAGAAACCUAUGGAGAGAUGACAAUGGAGUGGGGGUAAGGAGUGACUGGAAUAAUAACUUGAUGACGUCAUUGAUAGCCCCUGCGUGUGUGGAGUUGCUGAUUCAGCUAAAGCGUCAGUACUUUCCAGGUCCUGAUCCUACCAUGACUAUACUACAAGGAACACCACUUCAUGUUGUGAAAGAUACUUUGCGGAAAUAUCUGUUUUUCUUUCCAGCCAACCGACUUGACAUACAGCCAGAUUGGUACUGCUUGGUUAAAGCAGUGUACAGCUGCAUCCAUGCUGAUCUAAAGCGCUUGCUCCCUGUUGUCAGAGCAGCACAAAUGGACAACUCUGAAAUGCACUCUGUCAUUUACAUAUCAUGGGUGAAUACAUCCACUUCAAACAAAGGCAGAGCCUUCUUUGAUAAUCUGCUACAAGAUGAGCUUCAGCAUCUGAAAAACACAGAGUACAACAUAACGUCAAGGAAGUCUGUGGCAGAAAAUGUCUACAGGCUGAAAGCCUUGCUUCUUGAGAUCGGUUUCAACCUGGUUCACAGCUGCGAUGAGACAGCAAACAUCUACUUCUGUUUGGAGGACGCAGGGAUCCCAGUCAGUUAUGUAACACCAAGUGAUGUCCGCAACUUUCUUCACACUUUCUCCUCACCAGACACCUCAUGCCAUGUCGGAAAACUUCCAUGUCGUCUCCAGCAGUCCAACUAUAAGCUAGUUCAUAAUCUGAAGCUCCUAGUUGACUACUGUUUCAAAGAUGUGGAAGUGGAUGAAGUCAAAAUCGAGGGUUUACCUCUGUUGAUAACAAUGGACAACACACUUCAGGUGUUUGAUUCCAAGAAACCAAAGUUCCUGACCACACAUCAUGAACUAAUAUCACCAAGGAAAGAAAUGUUCAUGAAUACAUUGUACAUGAGGUACAGCAACAUACUGUUGCAAGCAGGAGCUGCAAAGAACUUUGAUAUCAGCAGCUUUGGUGAACUGCUAGGGUCUGUUCUUCCAAGAGAGUACCGAACUAAGGUCCCUGUCAAAUGGAGAGAUACUUUUGCAAAUGAAUCCUGGCUAAAGAAUGUGUGGAGCUUCAUCAGUGAGAAUAUGGCUGUUAAGGAAGAUCAGGUGGACAUCAAACCCAGCUUCGAGACAGUGCUUGACAUUCUUAAAGACUGGGCUCUGCUGCCUGGAAUCAAAUUCAUGGCAAGAGAAAAACUUGUUGUCCCAGAUCAUGAUGUUCUUCUGCCUCUAAGCUUGAUGAAUGUUGUUAUAUUUCCCCAGGGCCAAAAUGACAAAGUCUUUCAUACCCUGAUGAAAGCAGGAUGCAUCCAGCUCGCAGUGAACAAAAUAUGUGUGAAAGAGAAUCAAAUCAUGCCUUUUUUGGCACAGCACACAGCAAACAUUGAAAAUCCAUCAAGCAUUCUGAAAGUUGUGGAAUACAUGAUUCAAACAUCUGCGUUCAAAACAGCAAACCUGACUGACAAGGACUUUGAGGCUCUUCUGCUGUAUUUCAACUGCAACCUGGCCAACCUCUCACAACAAGAUGCACAGAGCCUCAAACUCCUCCCAUGCUUUAAGUCAUAUAGUGGGAGAUACAUUAGCAUUGCAAACUAUGGGGCAAACUACAUCCUUGCAAAAACUAUCCCAACUGCAGACAUAGAAAAAUGGACUCACACACCUUCCUUUUCCUUCCUUGCUGACAAUCCACAGCUGAAAGAACUUUACACUUUUCUUGGCUGCAUGCCGAUUGAUGACCUAGAAAUUUACCUACAACACCUCCUGCCAAAGUUUGAGAUUCUUUCCCAUGAUGCCAAAGUUGAACACAUUGUAUACUUGAAGGAAAGACUAAUGUCAAUGGAAGAAUCAUGCAAGAUGAAGGACCACCUCUUUGAGAAACUGGAGGGACUGUCGUUCAUCUACGACUACACAAACAGACUCAGGCCAGCCAAGUUUUUCUAUGACGAGACAGUGGAUGUGUUUGAAGUUAUGUUACCUGCAAAGUCAUUCAUACCGAGUGACUUUUUUAAGAAAGUUGAGCAAGUGACAAAACCAAAGAAUGGGACAUUAUUGCUGACCUCAUGGAUAACCUUUCUGAGGAAUAUUGGUCUCAAGCAUGAGGUUUCGCAGCAGCAGGUUCUUCAGUUUGCAAAAGAAGUUAGCAUCAAAGCCCAAACAGAGAGUUGGACCAAAGAAAAAGUUCAAACCACUGUUGAUGUCCUCUUGAAUCAUAUUUUUAAAGAGAGGUCAGAUCUGUUCCAGGGUACUUUUCUCAAGGAGCUUUCGAUGAUUCAGUUUCUGUGCCCUGAAAGGGCUCCCAAAGAACUCAUCAAGCUUCAUACUCAGUACCAAGAGAUGAGUGAAACCCUUCCACUGAUUCGUUUCAGUGGGUCUCAAGUAAACCCAAAAUUCAAGCAAACAGAUAUUAUUCACUUGCUUUGGACAUCGUGUCCAAUCCUGCCUGAGAAAGCUACACCUUCAAGCAUAAAGGACCAAGAGGAGAGCACUGUCAGCGGGCAGGAACAACUUGAUCAAGUGCUGAACAUGUUGGGCGUGAACUUGGACCCACCGCUGGAGAAAGUCAUUAGCAACUGCAAGAACAUCUGUAAUAUAUCCAACCCAGAUGAUGAGAUGGUGAAAACCAGGAACAAAGUUUUAAGAUCAACAUACGAGUUCCUCAGUGCAGAUAAACGGGAUUUCCGUUACCAGCUUCGUGGCGUGGCCUUUGUCAUGGUUGAAGACGGCUGGAAAUUGCUGAAACCUGAAGAAGUGGUCAUUAAUUUGGACAAUGAAUCUGACUUCAAACCCUACUUGUACAAACUGCCUCUCGAACUUGGUACUUUCCAUCAACUUUUCAAACUUCUUGGCACAGAGGAUGUUGUGUCCACCAAACAAUAUAUUGAAGUUUUGUGGAGAAUUUACAGAAAUUCAGAGGGAAAGCAGCUUGAUCCAAAUGAAAUGAGAACUGUUAAACGGGUUGUCUCUGGAUUGUUCAAGUCUCUUCACAAUGAUCCAGUGGAAAUUCGCAAAGAUCUUGAGAGUCUCAGAGAUUUGAUAUUUUACUUGCCAAGCCAUGAUGGAAGACUAGCAAAAUCCAAUAGCCUGGUGUUCGAUGAUGCCCCACACUACAAAAGCAGAAUUCAGGGUAAUGUUGGCGUUCAGAUGCUUGUUGACAUGAGCCAAUGUUAUCUAGGAAAAGAUCACUCCUUCCACACAAAACUCAUAAUGCUAUUGCCACAGAAACUAAGGCCUAGACUGUUGAGCAGCAUCCUUGAGGAGCAACUUGAUGAGGAUUCUCCAAAAAUGUGUCAGUUUGGAGCUCUUUGCUCUCUUCAAGGUCGCCUUCAGCUGCUGCUGUCAUCAGAACAGUUCAUCACUGGUUUGAUCAGGAUAAUGAAACAUGAGAAUGAUAACGCAUACCUUGUAAAUGAAGAAAAAGCCAUACGUCUAUGCAAAGCACUUUGCGAAGGACUGAAAGUGUCCUGUUUUGAGAAACUCCAGACAACUUUAAGAGUAAAAGGAUGCAGUCCCAUCCCACACAGUCGCAGUGAAACACUUGCCUUCCUUAAAAGAUAUGGGAUAACUGUGAUUCAUCUCUACAUCCAGCAUUCAGACAGCAAAGACAUUAACUUUCUUCUGGCACUCGCUAUGACACUGAAGUCAGCUACAGACAAUUUGAUUUCUGACACAUCCUAUCUGAUUGCCAUGUUGGGAUGCAAUGAUAUCUACAGAAUCACAGAGAAGUUGGACAAUCUCGGCGUAAAGUAUGACUCAACAGAGCCUUCAAAACUGGAGCUUCCCCUCCCUGGAACCCCAAUACCAGCUGAGAUACACCACACACUGCUCAUGGAUCCAAUGAAUGUAUUCUACCCAGGGGAAUAUGUGGGCUACCUUGUAGACUCAGAGGGUGGAGACAUAUAUGGGUCUUAUCAACCCACCUACACAUACGCCAUCAUUGUUCAAGAAGUAGAAAGAGAGGAGGAGGAAAACACAAGUUUCCUUGGGAAAUGCUUCCAGAUCGACAUUGGUUACAGUGAAUACAAAAUAGUCAGUUCACUCGACCUUUACAAGUUCUCAAGACAAGAUGAUAGCACCCAUGUUCGAGACACUAGUGGCCCAUCAACUCCGACAAGCCCAGAGUGUCGUUCUUCUGGCCUACGAAUGAUGCCGCCUCUUUUUUCUGGGAAAGAGAACCUCCGACCUCCUUCUCAAAAACAAUCCCCAAAAAAGAUUAAGCUUCAUGCUUUGCCUGAGAUUCUGAAAGAAGUGACCUUAGUAGUUGAACAAGCUUGGAAGCUUCCUGAGACAGAGAGAAAAAAGAUUAUCCGACGAUUGUAUCUCAAGUGGCAUCCUGACAAAAAUGCAGAGAAUUUGGACAUUGCUACAGAAGUGUUCAAGCAUUUGCAGAAUGAGAUCAACAGGAUGGAGAAACAGUCUUUGGCUGAUCAUCAAAACACAGACAGGGCUUCCAGGAGAGCCUACUCCACAUCGUCCACUCGCUUCCAGUCAGACAAGUUCUCAUUUCAAAGGUUUUAUUCAUCCUGGAACCAGGAAGCAACUAGUCACAAGUCAGAAAGGCAACAGUUCAGGGAACAUUACACAAGCUAUGCAGGGUCAUCGCAUUCUCACCGUUUCUUUGUACCACCAACUUUCAAGACAGUUGGAAACCCUGUGGAGGCCCGCAGGUGGCUGAGGCAAGCCAGAGCAAACUACUCCGCUGCUCGUAAUGAUCUUCAUAAAAACGCUAAUGAGUGGGUUUGUUUCAAAUGCUACCUGGCCACAAAGCUUGCACUCAUUGCUGCAGACUAUGCAGUCAGAGGAAAGUCUGACAAAGAUGUAAAACCAACUGCACUGGCUCAAAAAGUGGAGGAGUACAACUCCCAGUUAAAAGGCCUCGCUAGCGAUGUUCAGAUCCUGGAGGGAUAUGGUGUAGACAGCCUAAGAACUCGCUACCCUGAUCUCCUUCCAUUUCCGCAGAUCCCCAAUGACAGGUACACUUCUGAGGUGGCAAUGAGAGUUAUGGAGUGUACCGCACGGAUUAUCAUAAAGCUUGAAACAUUUGUGCAGCAAAAAAUUUGAUCUUGAUAACAUGAGUACAUCUUGAGUUGAAUGUUGAAUAAUUGUGGCUGCGUGCAACACAGAGCACGAAGUAUCCAGCUGGCAGCUUAUGGUACAUAUGCAUUUUUUUUUCUGAUAGUGUGGCUGUGGCCCUCUCACAGUAAAUACAUGUAACCGCAACCUCUUAGACUGCAUUUCUGCAUAUGCUGUACAUACAGAUGCCUCAGUAAUAAGCUUUGUUUAUCAAAGUCCCCAUGUUGACUAUAUUUACUCUGAGUUAGAUUUAAAAAAAAUGCUGCUUUUUUACUUUAUCUUUUAUAAAUAUGAAUGAAUAUAUUUUCUUGCUACAGAAAACCAGUUGAGUAUAUUUAAAGGAUGCGCUUAUCAUGAAAUAGAUAAACUUUUUCAAUUACUUUCAUGCAGUGUCUCCCAUUUGCAAAAUCUCAGUAAGUCAAGGAAAUACAAUCAUCUUUGUACAUUUUUUUUGUGUAUUUUUCAGAUUGUUUUCUUAUUAUUUCUGUAAAAGUUGUACAUUUCCUGUAACAUAGCCAGUCUCUUGUUAAUGGACAAAGCACUUUGUGAAAACUCAUCUAUUUGCAUUUGCACUUGUGUGGCGUUAGUCUCUCCAACAGCUUGGGAGAAUCCAUUUGUGAAUAGAGAUACUUUAUAUUAAUUUAAACUCAGCUGUCAGCAGUUUGUUUAUAUUAUUGGGCACAUGUACAUACGAAGCUGAGGAGCAAGUGAAGCGAUUACUACUGUAGCUUACAUCACCUUAUUUUUCUUUCUUUUUUAUCAUGUUCAAGAGUACUCAGUAGGAUAUUGUGACAAAAAAGCCAUAUACUGUAGAUGUUAUAAUUGUGGGCACAACUGUAACAUGUAACUUUUUCUAGCUUGAAACCAUGUCCAUACAUUUUCUGUAAUUUGAAUUUGCUGGUCUAAGGAACAUGACAGCACCAGGCUGUGGUGCUUGUAUGUUUUUACUGCUUUACCCAACAUAUUUGGCUUAUUUUAACAACCAUACACACUCUGACCACAUACUGUACAUGUCAUAUUCAAACUUAAAAUGUGCUGCUUGGUAUCUGUGUCUUAUUCCACCAUCAGGAGUUUAUCUCCUUGAAGGAAUGUUGAGAAUCAUACAUGGUAAUGUACACUGUGCCAUAGCAAGGCCUAAUAAAUUCCCCAUAAAUAAUCUGGUUCAGUUUCUUUUUAUAAAUUACAAUAUUGGGCAUGUUUUAGAGA